AAAUGACACUAUCAUCAAUCUAUAAAAAUCUCGUAUGUUUUUGAAAGCCCAGGAGAUGCCUGUUUCGCUCUCUCAGACUCCUCAACUAUAUAGGACCCUUGUUAGCAAUGGCCGUAUACAUUCUCGUUCUCUUCAACAUAUUUAUCUACAUAAUGAUCCUGCUUCCACUGAUGUAUGUCUACUAUGGUUCAGUUGUAUGCUUCUUAAUAACUCUAUUUGGGCUAUUCCUUGUCUUCAAUAUCUGGUUUAACCACUCUAUGGGCAUGAUGAUCAGGCCAGGCUGACUGAAAGACUUCUACAUUCCUGAGGAAAGCCCAGAAGAACAACAAAGAAAGAGACUUGAUGUUCAGAAACACAAAAGAGAGUUUGACUGAGGCAAAGAUAUGAAGCAGCUCCUAGAGUACUCCCAUUGAGGGCUGAAGAGUGUUGUGAAGAAGAAUGGGAAAGUUUGAAAAAGGUGAAAGUGGUAUGAAGAGUUAGAUUUAAGCUCAAAAGAGAGUAAUAGUGAUGAAAAACGACCUUUCAAGCCUGCUAGGUUUCAUCAUUGAUCUAUUUGACAGGACUGUGUUGUGAAUAUGGAUCAUCAUUGCCCAUGGUUGAACAAUUGCAUUGGGCUACAUAAUAAUCGAUAUUUCUUGCUGUUUUUAUUCUAUGUUUGGAUUUCAAGUGUUUAUAUGUGAAUUUUUCUUUAUGAAUGGAGCGGCCACCCCUUUUUCUAUAGAUAUGGUAAUGCUGCAUCUCUGACUCUUGGCCUCAAUAUUGGUCUUUUCUUUGGAAUGGGAUAUUUCAAUAUCUGGCAAUGGAACUUGACCUUACAAGGUUGCCCUCAGAUCGACUCUAUUCAAGCAAAAAGAUCAGAUAAGACUAAAGGGAAUUCGACUGUCAAAAAACCAGGAUUUAAAUCUUGGAGAGAUAACCUCUAUCUCAAUUUUGGCACAAAAAAUCUCUUUACUCAGUUUCUUCCCUCAAUGAGAUCCCUGCCACUAAACGGCCUUGAAUUUAGCAUCCCACAGCCCCCCUUCAAAUCUAAAACUAAGCUCUAUUAAUUCAAUUCCCA